AUGAGUCUGUUCGGACUUGGAAACAGAAACCAAAAGACAUUUCGGCCUAAAAAAAGUGCUCCAUCAGGAAGUAAGGGGGCGCAACUCCAAAGGCACAUCGAUGCUACCUUGGGUAGUGGCAACUUGAGAGAAGCUGUGCGACUACCCCCUGGGGAAGAUCUUAAUGAGUGGCUGGCUGUGAAUACUGUUGACUUUUUUAAUCAGGUGAACAUUUUGUAUGGACCAAAGUAUGAAUAUAGAUGGGCUGACGGAGUUGCUAUAAAGAAACCCAUAGAGGUCUCUGCUCCUAAAUAUGUGGAGUAUCUGAUGGACUGGAUUGAAGCCCAGCUUGAUAAUGAAUCAAUUUUUCCUCAAAAAUUGGGUGCACCAUUUCCACCAAAUUUUCAGGAUGUCGUUAAGACAAUAUUCAAGCGGUUAUUUCGUGUUUAUGCCCACAUCUAUCACUCACAUUUUCAGAAGAUCGUGAGUCUGAAGGAAGAAGCUCAUCUCAAUACGUGCUUUAAGCAUUUUGUUCUAUUUACAUGGGAAUUUCGCUUGAUCGACAAGGGGGAACUCGCGCCUCUCUAUGAGCUUGUUGAGUCUAUCCUACAAUAG